GGCAAAUUAACAUUAGUACUAGAGGCAGUGCAAUGUGGUCUAGCUGGUGGGAUAUUGCUUUCAGUAUGAAUAAUAAAUAUUCAGCAGAGCUUCUCACCCUUCUGCUGAUCACCACUUCCGCAGUCCUAUGGAUCUUCCGAGCCGCCAAGAAUCCAAAAAAAGCAAGUCCCAGAUUGCCACCAGGUCCCCUCGGCUUGCCACUGGUUGGAUACCUUCCCUUUUUAGGUUCCCAAGUUCACCGAGAAUUUUCACAACUAGCAAAAAUCUAUGGCCCUAUUUACAAGUUCUGGCUCGGAACCAAACUAUGCGUUGUUGUAAGCUCGCCAUCGCUAGCGAAAGAAGUGGUUCGCGACCAUGAUUCAGUAUUUGCCAACCGAGACCCUCCUAUUUCAGCACAAUUUGUCACCUUUGGAGGAAAUGACAUUGUGUUUUCACCUUUAGGCAAAAACUGGAGGAAACUGCGAAAGAUAUUCGUGAGCCAGAUGCUCGGAAGCACCGUGCUUGACAAUUCAUACUCUCUGAGAAGAGAACAAGUUAUGAAAUCUAUUAGAAAUGUCUAUGCAAAUAUUGGGAACCCAAUCGACGUUGGGGAAUUGGCGUUUUUGACGUCCAUCAACUCAGUCAUGAGCAUGUUCUGGGGCGGCACAGAGCAAGAAGAAAAAGGAGUUGUUUUUGGAGCAGAAUUCAAGAACAUGACCACGGAGCUUAUGGUGCUGCUGGGGAAAUCUAACUUAUCAGACAUUUUCCCUGUCCUUGCAAGGUUUGAUAUACAGGGAAUACAGAGGCAAGUCAAGAAAGUGGCUGAUUCAUUUGAACGGGUUUUCGAUUCCGCAAUUGAUCAGCGGAAGAAGACUAUGGAAGCAGAGAAAGAUGAUGGGCGACCGGAAGGAAAUGAAGAAAGGAAGGACUUUAUGCAAUUCCUCUUGAGGCUUCAUGAUGGUGAAGAUAGGUCAUCAUCAAUUACUAUGCCCCAACUUAAGGCGGUUCUCAUGGACACCGUCGUCGGUGGAACUGAUACUACAGCAACAACAACGGAAUGGGCAAUUGCGGAGCUGAUGCAGCAUCCAGAGGCAAUGAAGAAAGUCCACCAAGAACUAACACAAGUUGUGGGGUUAAACAAUUUGGUUGAAGAGUUUCAUCUUCCAAAGUUGACAUAUUUGGAUGCUGUGAUUAAAGAGACACUUCGUUUGCACCCACCACUGCCAUUCCUAAUACCUCGUUGUCCCAGUAAAUGUAGCACCAUUGGUGGGUAUAUGGUGCCCGAAGGUACUAGGAUUUUCUUAAAUAUUUGGGCUAUACAUAGAGACCCUAACGUUUGGGAAAAUCCUUUGGAAUUUAGACCCGAGAGAUUCCUCAAUGGUCAUAUGGAGUUUGACUACAACGGUAAUAAUUUCGAAUAUCUCCCAUUUGGAUCUGGAAGAAGAGUUUGUGCGGGAAUUCCUCUAGGUGAAAAGAUGCUGAAUUUUGUUGUGGCUUCAUUCUUGCACUCCUUUGAAUGGAAAAUGCCUCUUGGAGAAAAGCUUGAUUUGUCUGACAGUUUUGGGAUGGUGACAAAGAAAAUGACACCUUUAGUUGCCAUUCCAACAACAAGGUUAUCCAAUUUAGAGCUUUACGCUUGAAUAAUAAUAAGUCUCGAUGCUGAGAAUAAAGGUAUAAGUACUUUCUUCAGUAAUAAUGGAGCGCAUAUGUUGUACUUCAACCGUUAGAACUUCCGUAACACUCAUCUUAUCUAUUGUAAUUAGCAAUAGAGCUUGGAUGAAUGGAUAAUAAAGAUGAACAUGCAAGCAUCGGAUUUGCUUGUUACAAUGUUCUUGUUCAAUAUAUACUCAAAUUAUACCA